GCAAUUUGUAGUUACAGCAGAAACACAAAAGCAAAGCACUUCGAGAUGGACCUGGGCCCUCGGUGACAGGAGCCCCAAGCACCCAGUCCCCGGGGGCAAGACACAGGGACGCAAUGGGCAGCAAGGAGCGCUUCCACUGGCAGAGCCACAAUGUCAAGCAGAGCGGCGUGGACGACAUGGUCCUGCUCUCCAAGAUCUCCGAGGAGGCCAUCGUGGAGAACCUCAAGAAGCGUUUUAUGGAUGAUUACAUCUUUACCUACAUCGGGCCGGUGCUCAUCUCUGUCAACCCCUUCAAGCAGAUGCCGUACUUCACCGACCGGGAGAUCGAGCUGUACCAGGGGGCGGCUCAGUACGAAAACCCCCCCCAUAUCUACGCCCUGACGGACAACAUGUACCGCAACAUGCUGAUCGACGGGGAGAACCAGUGCGUCAUCAUCAGCGGAGAAAGCGGGGCUGGGAAAACGGUGGCAGCAAAAUACAUCAUUGGCUAUGCUCCCCCCCUUUGAUGCUCAGCACCCUCCCUCCUCUGCCUCCAGCAUGUGAAGGACAUCAUCCUGCAGUCCAACCCGCUGCUGGAAGCCUUCGGAAAUGCCAAAACUGUCCGGAACAACAACUCCAGCCGCUUCGGGAAGUACUUCGAGAUCCAGUUCAGCCGGGGCGGUGAACCCGACGGGGGGAAGAUCUCCAAUUUUCUGCUGGAGAAGUCCCGGGUGGUGAGCCAGAACGAGUGCGAGAGGAAUUUCCACAUCUACUAUCAGCUCAUCGAAGGGGCAUCCCAAGAGCAGCGGCAGAACCUGGGCAUCAUGAGCCCGGAUUAUUACUACUACCUGAACCAGUCGGACACGUACCAGGUGGAGGGCACGGACGACCGCAGCGACUUCCAUGAGACCAUGAACGCCAUGCAGGUCAUCGGCAUCCGGGGCGAGGAUCAGCAGCUGGUGCUGCAGAUCGUGGCAGGGAUCCUCCACCUGGGAAACAUCAGCUUUCGGGAGGAAGGCAACUACGCUCGGGUGGAAAAUGCUGACUCCCUGGCCUUCCCUGCCUACCUGCUGGGGAUCAACCAGGACCGCCUCAACGAGAAGGUCACCAGCAGGAAAAUGGACAGCAAGUGGGGUGGCCGCUCCGAAUCCAUCACCGUCACCCUCAACGUGGAGCAGGCAGCUUACACCCGGGAUGCCCUGGCCAAGGGGCUCUACUCGCGCGUCUUCGACUUUCUGGUGGAGUCGAUCAACCGGGCUAUGCGGAAACCGCAUGAGGAGUACAGCAUCGGGGUGCUGGACAUCUAUGGCUUUGAAAUCUUCCAGAAAAAUGGCUUUGAGCAAUUCUGCAUUAACUUUGUGAACGAGAAGCUGCAGCAGAUCUUCAUAGAGCUGACCCUGAAGGCAGAGCAGGAGGAAUACGUGCAGGAGGGGAUCAAGUGGACCCAGAUCCAGUACUUCAACAACAAGGUGGUGUGCGACCUGAUAGAGAACAAGCUGGACGUGAACGGCUUCUGCGAGCGCAACCGCGACGUGCUCUUCACCGACCUGAUCGAGCUCAUGCAGAGCAGCGAAUACGGUUUCAUCCAGAUGCUUUUCCCAGAAAAGCUUGAUUCUGACAAAAAGGGACGACCGACCACGGCGGGCUCCAAAAUCAAGAAACAGGCUAACGACCUGGUGAACACGCUAAUGAAGUGCACGCCACACUACAUCCGCUGCAUCAAGCCCAACGAGACCAAGAAACCCCGGGACUGGGAGGAGAGCAGGGUGAAGCACCAAGUUGAGUACCUGGGGCUGAAGGAGAACAUCCGGGUGCGCCGGGCAGGUUUCGCCUCCCGCCGCGUCUUCCAUAAAUUCCUGCAACGCCCCGAAUCGCUCUUCCUCCUCGAAGAGAUGCGGGAGCGGAAAUUCGACGGCUUUGCCCGCGUGAUCCAGAAGGCCUGGCGCCGGCACAUCGCCAUCCGGAAAUACGAGCAGAUGCGAGAGGAGGCCUCCAACAUCCUCUACAACUUCAAAGAGCGGAGGAGGAACAGCAUUAACAGGAAUUUCGUGGGUGAUUACCUGGGCAUGGAGGAGCGGCCAGAGCUGCGCCAGUUCCUGGCCAAGCGGGAGCGGAUAGAUUUCGCCGACUCCGUCACAAAGUACGACCGGAGGUUCAAGCCCAUCAAGCGGGACUUCAUCCUCACCCCCAAGUACUUCUACCUGAUCGGGCGGGAGAAGGUGAAGAAAGGUCCCGAGAAGGGGCAGAUCAAGGAGGUGCUCAAGAAGAAGGUGGAGCUGCAGGCGGUGAGCGGUGUCUCGCUGAGCACCAGGCAGGAUGACUUCUUCAUCCUCCAUGAGAGCAACGCCGACAAUUUCUUGGAGUCCAUCUUCAAGACGGAGCUGAUUAGCCUGCUGUGCAAACGCUACGAGGAGCUCACCCGCACCAAGCUGUGCCUCUCCUUCAAGGACACACUACAGUUUCGGGUGAAGAAGGAGGGCUGGGGUGGUGGCGGCACCCGCAACGUCACCUUCAUCAGAGGACAGGGUGACGUGGCCGUCCUCAAAGCUGGAGGCAAAACCCUUACAGCGGCGCUGCCCUCCCGAAACACCAGCCGCCAGUCGAAGACGCGGCCCCCAUCCGAGCAGAACAUGGAUUUCCUCAACGUGCCUGACCAGGGGGUGGCCGGGUAG